AUGAGAUCUCUAGUGUCCUGCAGGUUCUUGAAUUCCUUUUUCGACGGACUGGAGUACGAGCCUAUAGAGGCGUUCUGCAAGGCAUGCCUGGAAUGCUGCGGCUCCAUCCUGUUCACAGGCAUCGGCAAGAGCGGCUUCAUCGCACAGAAGGUGUGCCAGACGCUGGUGUCCACUGGGACAAAGGCGGUGUUCCUGAACCCCACAGAUGCGCUGCAUGGCGACAUCGGCAUUGUGGGCCGAGAUGAUCUGGUGGUCAUUGUGUCGAAGUCCGGCGCCACUGAGGAGCUGCUUCGCUUGGUCCCCUACGCAAAGGCCAAGGGAGCGAAGCUGGUGGCGGUGACGUCUGUUGUGGGCUGCCGGCUGGCGGCCAUGUGCGACAUGUGCGUGCACCUGCCGCUCGAGCGCGAGCUCUGCCCCUUCGACCUCGCGCCCGUAACUUCUACGGCCGCGCAGAUGGUGUUUGGGGACACCGUGCUGAUGGGUCUUGUGCUGCAAAUGCAACAGGCCAAGCGGCUGACUCAGGAGGAGUACGCGAUGAAUCACCCGGCGGGCAGAAUAGGCAAGCGGCUCAUCCUGCGCGUGCAUGAUAUCAUGCUGACCGGACCGGCCCUGCCUCUGGCCGCGCCGGAUACCCUCAUCAUGGAGGCGCGCAUCGACCUUGCUCGGAAGGGGGUGGGGUGCUUGCUCGUGGUGGACCCAGCUUCUGGGCAGCUGCUGGGCACCUUCACCGACGGUGACCUGCGCCGCACGCUGCAGGGCAGGGGAGGACAGGUAACGGAGAUGAGGCUGCGUGAGGUCAUGUGUCCCACUCCGCGCACAUGCUCCUCCACCAUCAAAGCCAUCGACGCCAUGCUGGAGAUGGAGCGGCCACCGCGAAAAGUGACGUUCUUUCCUGUGGUGGACGACGACCGACUGGUGGGCCUCGUCACGCUGCACGGCUUAGUCAGCGCCGGGCUGUAG